CCUACAAGCGAUGGGUGGAUCCCAACCCUACGCGCUUUAAUGCACCCUUUCUGUCCCUUAAAAAGGCAGCCAGCCGGCGAGCCCUCUUCCAUUCCGUCCGCCUCGCCCUCGCAUGUGCUGCCACACACCGCCUCGCCUUUCCUGCCGGUCGCCCGAUUCCUCUUUAGCUAGGUAGCUAGCUUAGCUAGCUUGCUCGGUUGGUCUCAUGCCGUCGUCGUCGUCCUCUCGCGCGCCGGCGCCGAGCAGGGGCGGUGGCUCGGCGGCGGCGAGGGGCUGCGUGGACGUGGACGCCAACACCACGUUCGUGCAGGCCGACCCGGCCACGUUCCGCGCGCUCGUGCAGAGGCUCACGGGCGCGCCGGGGGGAGCUGCAGCCGCGGCGAUGCCGGCUACCGAGAGGCAGCACGCCGCGGGCGCCGCCAUGGUGCCGGUGGUGCCGAUGAGGCGGCCGAAGCUGCAGGAGAGGCGGCGCGCGGCGCCGGCCAGGCUGGAGCUCGCGCGGCCGCAGCCGUUCUACUACCACCACGGCCACCAGCACCACCAUCACCACCACCACCAACACCACCACGGGGUCAUGCAGUAUUCGCCGGUCUCGACCAUGGACUACGCCCGCGUCUCCUCCUCCGCCUCGUCGCCCUCCCCGUCGCCGCCCUCGUCGUGCUCCUGCGGGGUGGUGAUAAGCCAGGAGGAGGUGGAGAGGGAGGAGAAGGCCAUCGCCUCCAAGGCCUUCUACCUGCACUCGUCACCAAGAGCCGCCCCCGGCGCCGGAGGCGACGCCGCCGAGAGGCCCAAGCUGCUGCCCCUGUUCCCCGUCCACUCCCCACGGAGCUCCUCCUUCGCCUAGCUCUUAAUUACUACUUAGCCAUUACCUCUAGGCUGUAGCUAGACUCUGGUCAACCCCGCCAUUAAUCCCCACGACCGACAUGCCGUGUUUAAUUCUCUGUACCACCUAGUAGCUGAUUCGCAUUUAGAUGAUCCAUGACCGGACCAGUGUUGCUUCCUAAUUAUGCUUGAUUUGGAUGCUCAA